AGCCUGAGCCCUUGUGAAGCCGGCGAUGACAAGUCUGAAUGGUCGCCAUGCCGAAAAAACCAUUGACAUGCCAAAACCGUCAGCCCCCAGAGUGCACGUGCAGAGGUCCGUGUCCCGAGACACUAUCGCCAUCCACUUCUCGGCAUCCGGGGAGGAGGAGGAGGAAGAGGAGGAGGAGUUCAGGGAGUACCUGGAGGAGGGGCUGGAUGACCAAAGCAUUGUAACGGGGCUCGAAGCCAAGGAAGACCUCUAUCUUGAACCCCGGGGUGGCCAUGACCCCGCUGGCCCUGGCGCCCAUCUCAUCCUGGCAGACAGACUGUCCGUGUCCCCUGCCAUCUUGCCCGUCUCCGAGAACACUGCAAAGCUGCUGGAGCCCCCUUCUGCAGCAGCACAAGUAUUAAGUACGGUGCCAUUGGCUCUGUCCCCGGGCUCGUCUUCGUUGGGGCCCUUAGCUAGCUCUCCCAGCGUGUCGUCCCUUUCUGAGCAGAAAACCAGUUCUUCCUCCCCACUGUCCUCACCUUCCAGGUCUCCCAUCCUCCCAUCCAGUGCCUCGUCCUCCACCCUUUCCAGCUCAAAGCCCUUCAUGAGCCUCGUGAAGUCCCUGUCGACUGAGGUGGAGCCAAAAGAAUCCUCCCACCCCCCACGGCACCGGCACUUGAUGAAGACGUUAGUCAAGUCUCUGUCCACCGACACCUCCAGGCAGGAGUCAGAUAACGUGUCGUACAAGCCACCCGACUCCAAGCUGAAUUUACACCUGUUCAAGCAGUUCACGCAGCCACGAAACACAGGUGGAGAUUCCAAAACUGCACCCUCUUCCCCUCUGACGUCGCCUUCCGAUACACGCUCCUUUUUUAAAGUGCCCGAAAUGGAGGCGAAAAUCGAAGACACUAAGCGACGCCUUUCCGAAGUCAUAUAUGACCCUUUUCAGCUUUUUAGUAAAAUUAUAGGGGAAGAAAGUGGCAGCCAUAGGCCCAAAGCCUUAUCUUCAAGUGCUUCAGAGCUCUCCAAUCUGUCCAGCCUGAACGGUCACUUGGAAAGCAAUAACAACUACAGCAUCAAGGAGGAGGAGUGUGACUCCGAGGGGGAGGGCUUGGGGAGCGACCCUGGCGUCCCCAGGAGUGACCACCCACAGUCCUCUGAGGACCCUGCGAGAGAGGCAGAACCGAAGAGUUCUCAGGGGAGCAGUCUGAAGGAGGUAGGCCUGAAGACCGGCUCUCUGGUUCUUGAGAGAUGCUCUCUGUCUGCCUUGGUGAGCAAAGAGGAUGAAGAGUUUUGCGAACUGUACACUGAGGACUUUGAUUUGGAAAUGGAGGGAGAGAGUAAAGUUGAGAGGCUCUCAGAAGUCCCUGUCAAGCCAGAGGUGCUGGCGGACGAUGGCACAGUUCUGGACAGUGACCACGAGGUGGACUCGGCCAUGCGGCACCCCGAAUUGCCCGUGAAGACGCUGGGCUUCUUUGUCAUGUGUGUCUAUGCGUACCUCAUCCUCCCUCUCCCCCAUUACGUGAGUGGACUCUUUCUGGGCAUUGGCCUUGGAUUCAUGACUGCAGUUUGCAUGAUUUGGUUUUUUACACCACCAAGUGCUCCUAAAUAUCACAGAUUACAUAAAAAUCUACAACACUGGAACCCAAGGUCUCUGGAUAUCAAAGAACCUGAGAUACUGAAGGGAUGGAUGAAUGAGAUUUACAACUAUGAUCCAGAAACUUACCAUGCGACUUUGACACAUUCAGUCUUUGUUCGACUUGAGGGUGGGACUUUAAGGCUUUCAAAGCCCAAUAAAAAUAUAUCCAGGAGGGCAAGCUACAAUGAAACAAAGCCAGAGGUGACCUACAUCAGCCAGAAAAUCUACGACCUGUCUGACAGCAAGAUUUAUCUUGUGCCUAAAAGUUUGGCUCGAAAGCGAAUCUGGAAUAAAAAGUACCCCAUUUGUAUCGAGCUUGGUCGACAAGAUGACUUUAUGUCUAAGGCCCAGACUGAUAAAGAGACUUCUGAAGAAAAGCCACCAGCUGAGAGGGAGUUGGGAGGCGAGGACCCUAAGAAGCCAACCCACCCUCAGGAGGGAACACGAUCUGGCCAGCGAGAUCAGAUACUCUAUCUCUUUGGGAGAACUGGCCGAGAAAAAGAGGAGUGGUUUAGGAGAUUUAUUCUGGCAUCUAAGCUGAAGUUGGAAACCAAGAAGCCACCUGGUGUCUCUGGAAGUAAACCAGGGGUUUUGCCCUCACACAGCAGACACAACAGUCCCUCGGGGCACCUGACCCACAGCCGCAGCAGCAGCAAAGGCAGCGUGGAGGAGAUCAUGCCCCAGCCGAAGCAGAAGGAGCUAGCGGGCAGUGUACGGCAGAAGAUGCUUCUGGACUAUGGUGUGUACAUGGCCAGGUGUGUCCCCCAAGAAAACCGAAGCCCCCAAAGGAGCCCAACGCAGAGUGCGGAGAGCAGCCCCACAGCUGGGAAGAAGUUGCCAGAGGCUCCACCCUCUGAGGAGGAAGAACAGGAAGCCUGGGUGAAUGCCUUGCUUGGAAGAAUGUUUUGGGACUUCUUAGGAGAGAAGUACUGGUCUGAUCUGGUGUCUAAGAAAAUCCAAAUGAAACUCAGCAAAAUAAAGCUCCCCUACUUCAUGAAUGAGCUAACUCUGACGGAGCUCGACAUGGGAGUAGCUGUGCCAAAAAUCCUUCAGGCCUUCAAGCCUUACGUUGAUCACCAAGGACUCUGGAUCGAUUUGGAAAUGUCCUACAACGGGUCCUUUCUGAUGACUCUUGAGACCAAAAUGAAUUUGACCAAAUUAGGUAAAGAGCCUCUUGUUGAAGCCCUGAAGGUUGGAGAAAUUGGCAAAGAAGGUUGCAGGCCCAGGGCCUUCUGUCUGGCCGACAGCGACGAGGAGUCCUCCAGUGCUGGCUCCUCUGACGAAGACGACGCACCAGAGCCCGGCGCAGGAGACAAACCGCUUCUCCCAGGGGCUGAAGGGUAUGUUGGAGGUCACCGAACAAGUAAGAUUAUGAGGUUUGUUGAUAAAAUUACCAAGUCAAAAUAUUUCCAAAAAGCAACGGAGACAGAGUUCAUUAAAAAGAAGAUUGAAGAAGUCUCCAAUACACCACUGCUGCUAACUGUAGAAGUACAAGAAUGUAGAGGAACCUUGGCGGUCAACAUUCCACCUCCCCCGACUGACCGAAUAUGGUAUGGUUUCCGGAAGCCACCACAUAUCGAGCUGAAAGCUCGGCCAAAACUUGGAGAGAGAGAAGUGACUUUAGUUCAUGUGACAGACUGGAUAGAGAAGAAACUGGAGCAAGAGUUUCAGAAAGUUUUUGUCAUGCCAAACAUGGACGACGUUUAUAUCCCUAUCAUGCACUCAGCCAUGGAUCCUCGCUCCACUAACAGCCUCCUGAAAGACCCACUGGUGGAGGCUGCCGAUCAACUGUGAUGGGUGCAGACCUGGUGUUCCCAGUAUUGUGAGAUGAAGCUCAAGGUGUGGGGUUCUUGGCUGCCAUCUGGGCUGUAGCACUGGCCUUUCCUCGUGCCACAGCUUCUGCCCUCUGCCUGCUGGUGCCCAUCCCACUGGGAGGUGUCCAGUGAAUGGGGUCCAGAUUGCCUCCUGCAAAGCUUUGACUCAGCAAAGGAAAACUGGAAGGAUCAUCACGGUGGAUCCAGAGAUUACAGGUGACUCCCACCAUGACUUUUCUAAGUCAACCAGUUUUUGUGGCAGCAAAAGAGCACAUUAAGAGCGAAGCUGCACAGCUGGAAGGCUUCCCCUUGCCUCCUCGAUGCCUCCAAAGCUUUUUCUCAGGCAGCCAGUGCAGUGGAAUGUUUUCUCACUUUUAGUUUGUGAUGCAGCCCUCCACACCAAGAGAAUGUCAGUGUGGUUACACAUGUGGAGGGUGGGGAGUGGAAUUUUGUGAACUAUUUCUUUGGUGAUAAAAAGAUGCAUAGCAACUCA